UCUUAGCCCACUCGCCACCACCAAGACCUUCGUAGCGCCCAAAAAUGGCGCUUUCUGCCCCUUCACUGCCACUUUCACCCACCUUCCAUGUCCUUCCCUCUUCCGACCCGCCUUACAGGCUCCUUCAAGACCACCCAUCUAUCAAGCUUCUCUCCAAGUGCCAAAGCAUUCGAACUCUCAAACAAAUCCACGCUCAGAUCAUCAAAACUGGCCUCCACAACACUCAAUUCGCCCUCAGCAAGCUUAUCGAGUUUUCUGCUGUUUCUCGCGUUGGUAAUAUCUCUUACGCCAUCUCCCUGUUUAAUUCCAUCGAAGACCCCAAUUUAUUCAUUUGGAAUUCGAUGAUUCGAGGACUUUCGAUGAGUCUGUCGCCGGUUCUGGCCUUGGUUUUCUUUGUCAGAAUGAUUUAUUCUGGGGUAGAGCCGAAUUCUUAUACAUUUCCUUUUCUUUUGAAGUCUUGCGCUAAGCUCGCCUCUGCCCAUGAAGGGAAACAGAUUCAUGCCCAUCUUUUGAAGCUUGGGUUUCAGUCUGAUGUGUUCAUUCAUACUUCGCUUAUCAAUAUGUAUGCCCAGAGUGGUGAAAUGAAUAAUGCCCAAUUGGUUUUUGAUCAAAGUAAUUUCAGGGAUGCAAUUUCUUUCACUGCAUUAAUUGCUGGUUAUGCUUUGUGGGGUUAUAUGGAUCAUGCUCGGAAAUUGUUUGAUGAAAUGCCCGUGAGAGAUGUGGUGUCUUGGAAUGCUAUGAUUGCUGGCUAUGCACAAACUGGUCGUUCCAAAGAGGCGUUGAUAUUGUUUGAAGAAAUGAGGAAAGUAAAUGUUCCCCCAAAUGAGAGUACUAUUGUGUCUGUUCUUUCAGCUUGUGCUCAGUCAAAUACUCUAGAUUUAGGAAACUCAAUGCGCUCUUGGAUUGAAGAACGCGGGCUUCGUUCAAAUCUUAAGCUUGUUAAUGCUCUUAUUGACAUGUACUCAAAGUGCGGUGAUCUUCGGACUGCUCGUGAAUUGUUUGAUGAUAUGCCUGAAAGAGAUGUGAUCUCAUGGAAUGUUAUGAUCGGAGGUUACACUCAUAUGUGCAGCUAUAAAGAAGCUUUAGCGCUCUUCCGUGAUAUGUUAGCCUCAGGUGGUGAGCCUACUGACAUAACUUUCCUUAACAUUCUUCCAUCUUGUGCUCAUUUAGGUGCCAUUGACCUUGAGGCGGCACGACAGGUCUUUGAUGGUAUGAAAAUCAAAAGCUUGGCUUCUUGGAAUGCUAUGAUAUGUGGGUUAGCAAUGCAUGGACAAGCAGAUGAGGCUUUUGAGCUUUUCUCAAAAAUGUCUAGUGAUGGAAUCGAACCAAACGAGAUAACUUUUGUCGGUGUUUUAUCUGCUUGUAAACAUGCUGGUUUGGUUGAUCUCGGACGCCAAUUUUUCAGCUCUAUGGUUCAAGACUAUAAGAUAUCUCCUAAAUCCCAACAUUAUGGAUGCAUGAUAGAUCUUCUUGGGCGAGCUGGGUUGUUUGAGGAAGCAGAGUCUUUGAUCCAAAAUAUGGAAGUGAAACCAGAUGGAGCCAUUUGGGGUUCCCUUCUUGGGGCAUGUAGAGACCAUGGACGAGUUGAGUUGGGAGAAUUAGUUGCAGAACGUCUUUUUGAACUCGAGCCAGAUAAUCCUGGAGCUUAUGUGCUUUUAUCUAACAUAUAUGCAGGAGCUGGUAAAUGGGAUGAUGUAGCAAGAAUAAGAACAAGAUUGAAUGACAGGGGAAUGAAGAAAGUUCCUGGUUGUACCACCAUUGAAGUCGAUAACGUUGUUCACGAGUUCCUAGUAGGGGACAAAGUUCAUCCACAAAGUGAAGAUAUUUAUAAGAUGCUGGAAGAAGUAGACAGACAAUUAAAGGUGUUUGGAUUUGUGGCAGAUACAUCUGAGGUAUUGUAUGACAUGGAUGAAGAAUGGAAAGAAGGAGCUCUAAGCCACCACAGUGAGAAAUUAGCAAUUGCUUUUGGAUUGAUAAGUACAAAACCAGGUACACCAAUUAGAAUCAUUAAAAAUCUUCGUGUGUGUCGUAAUUGUCAUUCUGCUACGAAGCUAAUAUCUAAGAUAUUCAAUAGAGAGAUUAUUGCUAGAGAUAGAAAUCGUUUCCAUCACUUCAAAGACGGUUCCUGCUCAUGUAAUGACUAUUGGUGAAUAAUUCACUUAAUGACACAAUUAGCAAA